AACGCGACGCUUCCUGGUUAACUACAAAUGGAGCGAUCGUUCUGUUUUAAACCUGAUCUCCGGUGGGAAAUCUUUGGACAGGGGUCGAAAUGUCGCACAGCUUGCUUGUCGUCGUCGUGUUUUACCUGUUUGUCACCGCCUCGUGCAAGUUCCCGGCUUUGGAUCACUUGAAACCGCAAGCCAGCGACAAGACGCAGGGCAGAGCUGUGGUCGACCUGCUGAGACGUCUGCUUGGGAAUAGAUCCACUGAGUUCAUCAUCGUAGUGAAUAGGAGCCUUUCCAACGACAGUUUGGAUGUGUGCGAGCUCAAGUCGACCAAAAAUAACAAGAUCGUCGCCACGGGCAACACCGGAGUGUCCGUAGCGUCUGGAAUUUACAACUACUUGAAGUAUUUUUGCAACUGUCACGUGUCUUGGUCCGGUGAUCAGUUGGAUCUACCGCGUCCUCUUCCGAAACUCUCCGGUGUCCUCCGCAUCAACACCCAGCAUAGGUUCCGCUACUACCAGAAUGUCUGCACUGUUAGCUAUUCGUCUGUCUGGUGGGACUGGCAAAGGUGGGAGAGAGAGAUUGACUGGAUGGCGCUGAAUGGAAUCAAUCUUCCUUUGGCUUUCACUGGCCAAGAGGCCCUGUGGCAAGAGGUUUACCGUGCUCUUGGUUUAAACCAAUCAGAAAUCGAAGAAUUCUUCGCCGGCCCGGCCUUUCUUGCCUGGAACCGCAUGGGAAACAUGUUCAAGUUUGGCGGACCCCUUCCACAGUCUUGGCAUGUGUCCCAGCUGACCCUCCAAUUGAAAAUCUUGGAACGAAUGAGGUCAUUUGGCAUGAUUCCAGUGUUGCCAGCCUUUUCUGGUAACAUCCCAAGGGGAAUCCUUAGGUUGCACCCCGAAGCAAACGUAACAAGGUUGGGGCCAUGGUCUCACUUCAACUGCAGCUACUCGUGCUCCUACAUCUUGGAUCCCAGGGACCCGCUUUUCCUCCGGAUCGGUUCCCUCUACCUUUCCCAGGUGGUCAAACAAUUUGGAACGGAUCACAUCUAUAAUACGGACACCUUCAAUGAGAUGAUUCCACCUUCCUCGGACCCCGCCUACCUGUCUGCUGUCAGUCGUUCCGUUUUUGCCUCAAUGACUGCUGUUGAUCCUCAGGCAAUUUGGCUAAUGCAGGGAUGGUUGUUCUUUAACGCCGCAGCUUUCUGGAAGCCUGCCCAGAUUCGGGCCCUACUACACGGCGUGCCCCUCGGACGGAUGAUCGUGCUAGAUUUGUUUGCGGAGACCGAGCCAAUUUUCUCCUACACUGAGUCUUUCUACGGGCAGCCUUUCAUCUGGUGCAUGCUCCAAAACUUUGGCGGUAACAGCGGUCUCUUUGGCACAGUCGAGAGUGUCAACUCAGGGCCUUUUAAAGCCUCGCGUUUCCCAAACUCCACCAUGGUCGGCGUAGGGAUGACACCCGAGGGUAUUGAGCAAAAUCCCGUCUUGUACGAGCUGAUGAGCGAACUGGCGUGGCGCAAGGAACCGGUCAACUUGGUCAAGUGGGCGUCGCUCUACGCCGUGCGUCGUUACGGCACCACGCAGGACGGCCUGAUCUCCGCGUGGAGGCUCCUGUUUUCCAGCGUGUACAACUGCACCGUGCCGCAUUACCGAAAUCAUAACCACAGCCCGUUAGUGCGCCGGCCGUCUUUCCGCAUGAACGUCGACCUUUGGUACAGCCCGGCCGACUUGUUCAAAGCGUGGAAACUCAUCAUGGAUGCGUCUCCGUCUCUGGCGUCCAAGGAAACUUUCCGCUACGACCUCGUCGACGUGACUCGGGAGGUUUUGCAAGUUCUAACGACAUCGUUUUACCUGGAUAUCACCGAUGCCUUUCAUAAACAAAAGCUGCCGGAACUGCUGGUUUCAGCCGGGGUGCUCAUAUACGAUCUUUUGCCGGAACUGGAUCGUUUGCUAAGUAGCGAUCGCCAUUUUCUGUUAGGGACGUGGCUGGAUCGGGCUAAAUCCUUAGCUAUCGACGAGGAAGAGGCUAAGCUUUACGAUAUGAACGCCAGGAACCAGCUUACUCUUUGGGGGCCUGGCGGUGAAAUCCAAGACUAUGCUAGCAAAGAGUGGGGAGGACUGAUGGAGGACUACUACGCCCAACGAUGGGGCCUUUUCGUCCAAACGCUGGUGGAGUGUCUGGACAGCGGGCAGCCGUUUCAUCAAGAAGCCUUCAACCAAGCUGUUUUUCAAGUAGAAAAGGGAUUUAUUUAUAACGGCCGGAAGUACCCCGCGGAACCUCGAGGCGACACGUACGAAAUCGCCCGUAGGAUCUUUCUAAAGUAUUACCCGCAAGCCUUGAAAACCUUGAAAAGACCCUGACCAAACGUCCUCAUUUGCCCGGAUAUGUCCACUUUUUAAAUCUUGUCAGGGGCGUCCGACAGGGUUUUUGUAAAUUCAUGAAAAUGUCCGGUUUUCAUUAUUUUUCACGGGACCAAUUAGCGUGUGUUGAAAUUGACUGACGCUUUGCACAGAAUACUACGGUACUGCGCUGCCUAUGUGACGUGUUCCCAGAGAGCCUACCCAGUUGUUAAGACUUUUAUUAUGAUCAAUACAUAAGUCCCUGACAAAAGUCUUGUCGGUUAUCCAUUUUGUAGAAACAAUUGCUAACUAGCCCUUUAAGCAGGACUCAACAGGCCCUCGGGAGUCCUGUGUUGAUUUCUCCAAUUUCUUUUCGGUGAUUUUUUUUGGGGGUCAUUAGGUUUUUUUCCCUUCCAGGAGGAGUCGGUCUUGUAAAAAAGGCCAUUUCCUGUUCCCAGCCGGGGGCGCCAGGCCUAAUGGGUGAUAUUUCAAUGAAGUCGAGUUCAGGCUGGGAUACAUCACGUACAUGCCAAAUAUGAAAAAGAUUGAACGUUGUAUGGGGGAGUUAUUAGUCAUUUUCUGAAUUUGGUGUUUUGUCAAAAAAAUGUCCGACUUUGGCACCCCAUGGAUUUUGGAUCUUUUUUUUCUCCUACAGAUAAAGUAGCAGAGUGUGAAGUAACAUCCUUAAUGAGUCAAAGCAGUUAUUCACUGCUGUCAUCAGAUGAACCAAUUUAUCUAAUUGAAAAGUACAUAGUAUUUUUUUCUCCCACAGAAGAAGUAGCAGAGUGUGAACCCUAAGCCCUGACCCUAACCCUAACACACACGCAAAAAAAACAAACAAAAAAACGCCACACACAGGUCAGGCCCGUGAAUGAAAACUCACCAAUUUGAUAUGUGCAAAUUUUGGUGAGUUUUCGAGCAUGUUCAGAACUUCAAAUUGGCCAUUUUCAUUUGCCCUGAAGAAACCCUAACCCUAAUCCCCAAAUUUGCCCCACUUUGGCACUCCGCCCAGGUCAGGCCCGUGAAUGAAAACUCACCAUUUUGAUAACAUCUCAUAUGGCUCAUGAAGAGUCUCACCAAUUUUGAGGAGGAUCCAACUAACUGCCUCGGCGCACUGGUCUCAAACGUGCACCCUGAUUUUCGACAAAAAUGGCAUGUUUUUCAAUAUUCAAUCCAAAAUACCUGAUUUCCUGUUGGGUUUGGAAUAUGGGUGCAAGAGACUUUUGAAGCAUUUUUUCACAAGGUAUCCUAACCCUAAACCCUCACCCUAAUCCCCAAAUAAACCCGAUUUUGGCACUCCGCCCAGGUCAGGCCCGUGAAUGAAAACUCACCAUUUUGAUAACAUCUCAUAUGUCACAUGAAGAGUCUCACCAAUUUUGAGGAGGAUCCAACUAACUGCCUCGGCGCAAUGGUCUCAAACGUGCACCCUGGUUUUCGACAAAAAUGGCAUGUUUUUCAAUAUUAAAUCCAAAAUACCUGAUUUCCUGUUGGGUUUGGAAUAUGGUUGCAAGAGACUUUUGAAGCAUUUUUUUCACAAGGUAUCGACUUCCCAAAUUUCCUCGCUCUACGUUGAAAAAACCAAAAUGGAGAGGCCUUUUAUAAAAACUCCAGGGAGCGCCACUGAGCCUUUUUUUGACAUUUUUUCACAACGUUGCCAAAUUAUGGAAAUUUUCGUGAAUCCGCAUGCAAAUUUUGGUGAGUUUUUGAGCAUCUUAAGACCUCCAUUUCAUUUCAUUUGCCAUGAAAAAAGAAUAAUAAUCCUUUGCAGAACAAUAGGGCGCAGAACAAUAGGGCCUUUGCACCUGUUGGUGCUCGGGCCCUAAAACUUUUAAUGAUUCAAUUGGUUUCAGAAAUGGCUCAUGUGAAAGCUAAGACCCUCCCAAAUGAUGUUGAAUGUACAAAAAUAUAUUUGUUUCACUGAAAAAGUAUUGAUCAUUGAAUGAAGACUUAAAGGUCAAAUUUUGGCAAGACAAAAGUUUUGUCGCCUACAGAAAGUAGUGUGAAAAUUGAACAAAAAAUGUACUUCAAAUACAAUAAAAAUAAGCGAAUGAAGUAGUGGUGCUGUGAGAUCCAAAUUUAAUAUUUUGUAUGACUUCCAUGGGCUUGAAGGACUGCAUCCAUGCGGUUCGGCAAAGAUUCAUACACUUUAUUGAGGAACAUCAAAGAAAGCAGUCUUGCAUGCCUCCCAGAGUUCAUCAACAUUCUUGGGUUUCGUCUUCCAUGCUGCCUCUUUCAUCCUGUUCAUGUCUGGUGACUGGGCUGGCCAGUCCUGGAGGAUCUUGAUCUUCUUUGCCUUGAGGAACUUUGAGGUAGAGCUUGAAGUAUGCGAUGGAGCACCAUCUUGCUGCAGAAUUUGUCCCUUUUUGUGGUUGGUAAUGUAAUAGGCAGUUAAGAUUUGUUGAUAUUUCAGACUAUUUAUGUUGCCUUCCACCCUGCAGAUCUCUCAGGGUUAAGCCUGUCGCAAUAUGCAAUAAUUCCAUUUAUCGCACGAUAAAUAAAAAUGAAGGUGGUAAUUUUCUCCGCUGAAAUUUAUCGCCUUACGUGCGUGCGCGCGUGCGGCAGACGUGCUGUUAAAAGUCCGGAUUCCUUGUUACCAACUGCGUAAAAUGCAUCUUCGUUCCAGGUCCGGCAAAAAAUAGCGCCGGGGCCAAUCGUUCCAUUUAUAUCCUAUUGUUCAACGUAUACCGGCCGCGUCAGUGUUUCGGAUUGACUGCGGACCAUCUCCGGCGUGCCGGUGUUGUUGACGUGUGGGCGUCCUCAAUGUACACACAAGGACAUAGGUUGAGUUAACUUUAAUCCAUUUUAACUGGGUGCACGUGUGAUUUAGUUAGUGCCACCACCUGUUAUGUGCCAAAAGUAAGUAACAGGUGCUGUUACUUACACAAAUUUGAGAAGCAUCACAUGAUUUUUCAAAGGAUGCCACUACUUUUGUCCGGCCCAUUUUUGGAGUUUGGCAUGAAAUGAUGACGAUUUAAUUUUUUUCCCCAUUGUCCUUUGAGUUUUGUUCAUUGCAAGCAAAACAAAUGACGAUAUUACUCCCAAAGCAUUUGUAAUCGCAGUCAUUUACUGGGAGAAAUUGAGCAUUCUCUGACAGAAUUGCAUGGGUGCCAAUACUUUUGGCCAGCACUGUAUAUAGAUGUCAAUUUUGUUGACGUUAACAGUGAGUAAAUUUAAAAAUAAGCAGAUAUUAGUAUAAUAAUGGGAGGUACCAUUUAGACAAAUUGAAUGUAUAAAUGGUAAAGAUUAAAGAUGUCCCGAUCGAUCGGGAUCGCGUCAUUUUCAAUGUAUCGAAAUUGGCAAAAAAAUAUCGGACAUGCCUUUUAUUAUAUGUAUAUUUUUUAAUUAAAUCGUUUUCUAAUUGUAUUUAAUGUUACAGACAAUAUGUCUUACACUCAUCCAGAGUCUUUAGUUUUGGCUUAAAGUAGGGCUAUCAAAUUUAUCGCGUUAACGGCGGUAAUUAAUUUUUUUUAAAAUGAAUCACGUUAAAAUAUUUAACGCAAUUAACGCAUGCGCUGCACGAUCCACUCACACAUUGUCGCGUUCAAUCUAUAAUGGCGCCGUUUUACCUAUAUAUAGAGUUAAAAGGCAGCGUAAAAUGAGUAGAGUGAAUUUUGGCAGUCUUUGGAGCCUUUUUUUCAUUGGCUAAAGCCUUAAAAUCCCUCUCUCAACAAUUAAAAAUGCCGUGGGAAGCAAUGUGGGGAAGAAAGGUAGUAGUUGAUCUUUUUCUUAACACCCUAUGUUGUUUUCCAACGCAGAGAAGAUAUAUCAAUUGGUGCCACUACGCACAGUCAUGGUUGCACUUCCCAUCAUGCAUUUGGGCAUGGCUACAGUAUCAUUUACUGAAAGCUCAACAAAUACACUAGAUGGCAAUAUUUAGUCACAAUAUACAAGGUCACAUUUAUCCUUUAAGAAUUACAAGUCUUUCUAUCCGUGGAUCCCUCUCACAGAAAGAAUGUUAAUAAUGUAAAUGCCAUCUUGAGGAUUUAUUGUCAUAAUAAACAAAUACAGUACUUAUGUACUGUAUGUUGAAUGUAUAUAUUCGUCCGAGUUUUAUUCAUUUUUUUCUUAAUGCAUUGCCAAAAUGUAUAUGAUCGGGAAAAAUUAUCGGGAAUGAUUGGAAUUGAAUCGGGAGCAAAAAAAAAAAAAAAGCAAUCGGAUCGGGAAAUAUCGGGAUCGGCAGAUACUCAAACUAAAACGAUCGGAUCGGGAGCAAAAAAACAUGAUCGGAGCAACCCUACUAAAAAUACUGACUUCAUAUAUCAUGGCCAGAUGGUUAGACAUAACAUACCAGUUACAGGUUGUAUAACUCAUCAAAUAAAUUCAUUUAUUAAUGCUUCCCUGCAUAAAUGAUAUAUGACAUUUGUUAGCUCGUGAGCAAAAUGAACACAGACCGAUAAAGCUGCCGGAAUAAACCAACCAUUCGACACCGAGACAAAAUGAAGUCAUUGAUAUUAACAUAAGGCAGUUACAGGAAAAAAAAAAAAAAGUGUAAACUUGAGUUAAGACUCCAACAAUUUGAUUAGAUUUUUUUUUUUUUUUGCAUUUAGAAUCAUUAAAAUUGCAAUGUUAAAUUACACAUGAAUAAAAAAUGUAUUCACAUUUUCCAAUGACAUAAAAAGGCGUUUAAAUCAAAGUGAUGCAGUCGAUCUCACGCACACGAUUAAAGCAGCUUGCAAGUCAAGACAUAAGGAGCCAGUUAUGAUGGAAGCAGCCAUUUUUUAAAAAAGCACAAUGAACACCCUCGUUUCCAUAAAAAAAUAAACAUACUGUUGUUGAGAGGAUUGACAUGAAACGACCAGCAAAGUUGAAAAGAGGUGUUUAGACAUGAACUCGCUGCUUUGCGACAGCUUUAAUCUCAAGAUAAUACGCUAGUUUGGUCUUGAUUCAAGUUGCUUUGGGUUAUCAUCUAACGCAUGUAGAAUAUUUGCAGUUGUCAGUUCACAAAUCAGCCCAGGAAUUAAAAAAAUAUUAGUCAAACGGUACAGAAAAAAAUUAAAAUAACUCCUUUUUUAACCAUCCAUACAAUGCCCCUUUAAAAUAAAAUAGAACAAAAGGCCAUUCCAUUGCUGUCUUUCUCCAUUCAUCAUUUCAUCAAGCAACACUUUCUUUAAUACAAUCUUGACCAUAUAAAUUGCAAUUUUAUCACUCACUGCCAUAACUGCACCACUUUACGACAAAAAACUUGUCAUAAAUGACGUGGUAUCGGAUAUCAGAAGCAAAACAAGGACUCCGACUGAAGGUGGUCAUCAAUGGACGACGUGAGACGAAACAUUGAGCGUCAAGGAGUGUCAGACUACGGCCCAGUUUUCAUUGGAAUGCUGAAAAUUUCUCUGAAUAUGGCCCGCACAAGCUUUCCAAAUUUUUCUUUUAAUCCAAUUCCAAUCCUCUGCUUAACAAAUGAAAGUGGAAAGAUUUCAAGUUGCAUCCGUUGGAAAAAGUUUGGACACCCCUGGUUUACAACAACAGCGCAAGAAUAAUCUAGCAGAAAGCAAAAUAAAAUCAUGUUAACUACAGUAUGUAUUCAUGGUGGUCAUUACCUGAGUUAGUUCCCCGUUGACACUGAAUUCGACAAAAAACAAAACAACAACAACAACAAAGUGACAGCCAAGGUUAUCUUUAAAAGAGAAGUUCAGAUUUUUUUGACAUUGGGCUUUAUCUUCGAGCUAGUGGAGGUUUAAUGAGCUAGCGUGAGUCAAUGGGGUUUGCUAGCAUGCCAAUAAAAAAACAACAUAUGCAAUAGGGCUGCAGCUAUGGAUUAUUUUAGUAGUCAUAUUGGGCUUUAUCUUCGAGUUAGAGGAAGUUUAAUUAGUUGGUUUCAACAAAUUCCGUGCAGUUUUUUAGUGUCAGGGCUCUGCAGUGGCUAAGCUAGCGCGAAUCAAGUCAAUGGGGUUUGCUAGCAUGCUAAUAAAAAACAACAUAUGCACUAGGGCUGCAGCUAUGGAUUAUUUUAGUAGUCGAUUAAUCUAUUAACUAGUUAGUUCGAAUCAUCAAGUAAUUGGAUUAGCAACAUUUAAUGCGUUGCAGAAUACAUUUUAGGAGUUGUAAAACAAAGGCUUGCUAAGAAGAACUUUUAA